AUAGAAAUGAAGGUACAUAUGCACACAAAAUUUUGCCUCAUUUGUUUGCUGACAUUUAUUUUCCAUCAUUGCAACCAUUGCCAUGAAGACCAUGACCAUGGCCCUGAAGAGCAUCACAGACACCAUUGUGGGAUGACAGAAUCAGAGCCAAGCAAAUUUUCAGUGCUGGAUGCUGAAAAUCAGAAAAAGUGCUACAUUGAAAAACUUUUCUACCGUUAUGGUGAAAAUGGAAGAUUAUCCUUUUUUGGUCUGGAGAAACUUUUAACAAACCUGGGCCUUGGAGAGAUAAAAGUAGUUGAAAUUAAUCAUGAGGAUCUUGGCCACGAUCAUGUUUCUCACUUAGAUAUUUUGGCAGUUCAAGAGGGAAAGCAUUUUCACUCACAUAACCACCAGCAUUCCCAUAGUCAUUUAAAUUCAGAAAAUCAGACUGUAACUACUAUAUCAACAAAAAGAAAUCAUAAAUGUGAUCCUGAGAAAGAGACCAUUGAAGUAUCUGUAAAAUCUGAUGCUAAACAUAUGCAUGACCAUAAUCGUCGCUUACAUCAUCACCAUCGUUCACACCAUCGCCUUGAUCAUAACACUACUCGCCAUUUUCAUAAUGAUUCCAUUACUCACAGUGAGCGUGGGGAGCCUGGCCAUGAACCAUCAACAGAGACCAAUACAACACAGGAACAACGUGAAGUUAAGCCACAGAAACAAAAGAAGAGAAGAAAAGGAAAGAAAAGUAAUGAAAAUUCUGAGGUUAUCACACCAGGUUUUCUCCCUAACCGUGAUCAGGGUGAACAGUAUGAGUAUAAUCGUGUCCACAAACUCGAUCGUGUACAUAACCCAGGUCAUUCCAAUGCACAUCUCCCAGAACAUAAUGGUCACGACCCUGGGCAUGGACACCAAGAUCUUGAUCCUGAUAGUGAAGGGGAACUUCGACACACCAGAAAGCGAGAAGCACCACAUGUUAAAAAAAGUGCAAUUUAUUCAGCUGCUAGUCACAAAGAUCAUAAUGAAGAUGACCAUCAACAUGACGAGUGUUUGAACGUGACUCAGUUGCUAAGAUACUAUGGUCAUGAUGCCAACUCUCCUAUCUCACCUGAUCUAUUCACAUGCCUUUGCCCUGCAUUACUGUAUCAAAUUGACAGCAGACUUUGUAUUGAGCAUUUUGACAAACUUUUAGUUGAAGAUUUAAACAAGGAUAAGAAUCUGGUUCCUGAGGACAAGUCAAAUAUAGGUGCAUCAGCAUGGAUUUGUGGUAUCAUUUCUAUCACUGUCAUUAGCCUGCUUUCCUUGCUAGGCGUGAUCUUGGUUCCCAUCAUUAACCAAGGAUGCUUCAAAUUCCUUCUCACAUUCCUUGUUGCACUAGCUGUAGGAACAAUGAGUGGAGAUGCCCUUCUUCAUCUACUGCCCCAUUCUCAGGGUGGACAUGAUCACAGUCAUCAACAUGCACAUGGGCAUGGACAUUCUCAUGGGCAUGAAUCUAAGAAGUUUUUGGAAGAAUAUGAUGCUGUGUUGAAAGGACUUGUCGCUCUAGGAGGCAUUUACUUGCUGUUUAUUAUUGAACACUGCAUUAGAAUGUUUAAGCAUUACAAACAACAAAGAGGAAAACAGAAAUGGUUUAUGAAGCAGAGCACAGAAGAAUCAACCAUUGGAAGGAAACUUUCCGACCAUAAGUUAAAUAAUACACCAGAUACUGACUGGCUUCAGCUCAAGCCUCUUGCUGGAACUGAUGACUCGGUUGUUUCUGAAGAUCGACUUAAUGAAACUGAACUGACAGAUUUAGAAGGCCAACAAGAAUCCCCUCCUAAAAAUUACCUUUGUGUAGAAGAGGAGAAAAUCAUGGACCGUUCUCACAAUGAUGGGUUACAUGCCAUUCGUGAGCAUGAUCUCCGUGCUGCUGCACAUAACCACCUCGAGGAGAGUCAGACUGUGCUGAGGAAACAUAAUCAUCAGUGGCACCACAAACAUUCUCACCAUUCACAUGGCCCUUGUCAUUCUGGAUCAGAUCUCAAAGAAACGGGAAUAGCUAAUAUAGCUUGGAUGGUAAUCAUGGGGGAUGGCAUCCACAACUUCAGUGAUGGGCUAGCAAUUGGAGCAGCUUUCAGUGCUGGAUUGACUGGAGGCAUCAGUACUUCCAUAGCUGUCUUCUGUCAUGAACUGCCACAUGAAUUAGGUGACUUUGCAGUUCUUCUUAAAGCAGGAAUGACUGUAAAACAAGCGAUUGUUUACAACCUCCUUUCUGCCAUGAUGGCUUACAUAGGCAUGCUGAUAGGCACAGCUGUUGGGCAGUAUGCCAAUAACAUCACACUUUGGAUCUUUGCAAUUACGGCAGGCAUGUUCCUCUAUGUAGCCUUGGUGGAUAUGCUUCCAGAAAUGUUGCAUGGUGAUGGUGACAAUGAAGAACAUGGCUUUUGUCCCGUGGGGCAGUUCAUUCUGCAGAAUUUAGGAUUGCUGCUGGGGUUUGCCAUCAUGCUGGUGAUUGCCCUCUAUGAAGACAAAAUUGUGUUUGACAUCCAGUUUUGA